AUGGCGGAGCUGCCCGUCGCGGUGACAACUGCGAUCGACUUGGCGAGCCAGGGCAUCAAUGCCCAGGCCUUCAAGUUCAACAGUCUGACCAUGGAGUCGGACAAAUAUAUCAGCAUCAAGGACACGGCAGCAGAUGGCACGGCGCAGGUUGUGGUCGUGGACAUGCACAACAACAAUGCAAUUAACAAGCGCCCGAUGAAGGCUGAGGCCACAUUGAUGAACCCAGCCGACAACAUCAUCGCCUUGAAGGCUGCGACCGAAGGCCAAGCCGGCCAUUUUGUGCAGAUCUUCAACCUGGACUCCAAAGAGAAGCUCGGCGUCUACCAGUGCCCCGAGCAGAUUGUCUUCUGGCGCUGGCUGGCGCCUCGCCUCCUGGCGCUCAUCUGUGCGCAGGAUGUCUAUCACUGGAACCUCUCCGUGGCAAAUAGCCAGCCGGAGAAGAUCUUCCAGCGGGCAGGGAAGCUGGCUGAAGCAGGAACGCAGAUCAUCAACUACUCGGCAAACAGCCAGGUGUCGUGGUGUUUGCUGACCGGGAUCUCCUCACAGGACUCUGGCAGGACGAUCGAUGGUAACAUGCAGCUCUACAGCGUGGAGAGGAAGCAGCAGCAGUUGCUGGAGGGGCAUGCAGGCUGCUUCGGCAACGUCUACGUGGACGACGGCGGCGUGCGCUGCGGCGUCUUCGCAUUCCAGGAGCGGAAGGCUGGCAACCCCCAGACGAAGCUGCACAUCAUGGACAUCCUGAAGAACCGCGGGGACAGCGCGCCCCCCUUCAAGGUGCAGAUGGAGAUUGCCAUGCCGCCCGAGGCGCCCACGGACUUCGCAGUGGGUCUUCACCUCAGCGAGAAGCACGGUGUGGUCUUCAUGAUCACGAAGGCCGGCUAUCUGUUCAUGUUUGACAUCGGCACCGGAACCAUGCUGGUGCGCUCCAGGGUGUCCCAGGAGACGGUCUUCAUCACGGUUGGCUCAGCCAACUCUGGCGGCAUCAUCUUUGUGAACAAGCGGGGGGCAGUCAUGUCGGCCAAGGUCAACGAGACUGCCAUCGUGAACUACAUCAUGAACCAGCUGGUUCAGAUUCCCAAUCGCCAGGACAUCGCCUUCACGCUGGCGCGACGUUUCGGCUUGCCCGGAGCGGAUGAGCUCUUCCAGCGCCAGUUCAACCAACUCUUCGCCUCUGGCGACUACAAGGGAGCAGCCCUCAUCGCUGCCCAGUGCAAGAGCGGACUCCUCCGCACUCCGCAGACCAUCCAGCAGUUCAAGAGCGUGCAAGCGCCCCCGGGCCAGUCUUCGCCCAUCCUGCACUACUUCUCCACACUGCUGGAGCACAACAAGCUGAAUGGCCUCGAGUCCGUGGAGCUCGUGCGGCCGGUCGUGCAGCAAGGCCGAAAGGAGCUCAUUGAGAAGUGGCUCAAGGAAGAUAAGCUGGAGUGCACGGAGGAGCUUGGCGACAUCGUGCGCCCCAUCGAGACCAAGUUCGCACUCUCCAUCUACCUCCGUGCCCACGUGCACCAGAAGGUCAUCCAGUGCUUCGUGGAGCUUGGGCAGAUUGACCAGAUCGUGGCCUACGUCAAGAGGGUGGGCUACCAGGCGGACUACUCCCAGCUUCUCCAGAACAUGGUCGCCACGAACCCGGAGGGCGCCACCAACUUCGCAAAGAGCCUGCUGGAGGGCCAGAACGGCGUGCCCCUCAUCGACAUCAACCAGGUCGUCAAGGUCUUCAUGGAUCAGAACCGUCUGCAGGAGACAACCUCGAUCAUGUUGGAUGCCCUCAAGGCCAACAAGCCGGAACAGGGCAGCCUACAGACCCAGCUGUUGGCGAUGAACCUCCAGCAGGCCCCGAAGGUUGCAGAGGCCAUUCUCCAGAUGAACAUGUUCACCCACUACGACCGGGCCUACAUCGGCCAGCUCUGCGAAAAGGCAGGCCUGAUGCAGUGGGCUAUGGAGCACUACUCCGAUUCUGCUGACCUCAAGCGGGUCAUGAUGCACGCGCACCAGAUGACUCCGGAGUUCCUGAUUCAGUACUUCUCCAGGCUCUCCCCUGAGACAGCCCUGGAGUGCCUCACGGACCUCAUGCGCCACAAUCGCCAGAACCUGCAAGUGGCCGUGAAGGUGGCCAUUCAGUACCACGAGCAGAUCGGCGCGGUGAAGAUCGUUGAGAUGUUCGAGUCCUUCGGCUCCAACGAAGGCAUCUUCUACUUCCUCGGUGCGAUUUUGAACACUAGCACCGACCCGGAUGUACACUUCAAGUACAUCCAGGCUGCAAGCCGCGUGGGCAACAUGCAAGAGGUGGAGCGCGUUUGCCGGGAGUCGCAGGUGUAUGACCCGGCCGUCGUCAAGAACUUCUUGAAGGAGGCGAAGCUGCCAGACCCCCGGCCUCUCAUCUACGUUUGCGACCUCCACGACUUCGUGGAGGAGCUCACCGACUACCUCUACAAGAACUCGCUGAUGAAGUACAUCGAGGUGUACGUCGUGAAGGUGAACCCUCUCAAGUGCCCCCAGGUCAUUGGGUCCCUCAUCGACUUGGACUGCUCCGAAGACUUCAUCAAGACACUGCUGCAGAAUGUGAGAGCGGCCUGCCCGGCCGAGCCACUUGUGGAGCAGAUCGAGAAGAGGAACCGACUGCGCCUGCUCCUGCCUUGGCUGGAAGCUCGCGUUGCCGAGGGGAACCAGGACCCCCACCUCCACAACGCCAUGGCCAAGAUCCUCAUCGACACCAACAGGGAUCCGGAGAACUUUUUGAAGACGAACGCCUUCUACGACUCCAAGAUUGUGGGCAAGUACUGCGAGGAUCGGGAUCCUCACCUUGCAUACACCGCCUACAAGCGGGCCUGGGGCUCCUGUGACGAGCAACUCGUCGACGUGACGAACCGCAAUGGCCUCUUCCGCCUGCAAGCAAGGUAUCUCGUGGAGCGACAGAGCCCAGACCUCUGGGGCCUCGUCUUAAACCCGGAGAAUCAGUACCGCCGCAACGUCAUCGACCAAGUCGUCAGCACAGCGCUGCCCGAGUCCACCAACGCGGAUGAGGCGCCGACCCCUGCUCUCAGGGUUCAGGGUUUAGGGUUUAGGGUUUAG